AUGCACAUGCAAACCCUUGAUGGAGAGUUUGCCUGUGCCCUUUUCCACCACACAGAUUGGACUCUGGUCCAGCUCAAGCCUGUUGAUGAAAAAGGUCCCCACGCAGCUCUGGAAAUUCCCCCCCAUCUAAAUGAAACAGUGCGGCAACGGUUCGAGUUGACGGAUGACGCACUCAGUGAAGCUCCGUUGUGA